UGGAUGUGGCAUCCAAAUCUCACCACCCCCCAUUGCUAUUUAUAGCCUGGGAUUCUUGGUUUUCUUUGGUUCAUGUGAUCAUCAACUCCAGGCCCUGCAAAAGCACCAAUAAUGAAGAUCUUUGAUUGGAUUCAUGGAAAGAUCCAUGGAAAGCAAUCUGUCAGCAAACCAAACCCAAACACAGCUGCCUAUGCAUCUCAUGCAUGUGAGAAAGAAGAAUUCAGUGACUGGCCUAAUGGGUUACUAGCAAUUGGGACAUUUGGGAAUAACACUGCAAAAGAUUCUGCAGAAAAGUCCAAAGAAACUCCUUAUUCUUCCUCCUGUGAAGAUCAGCAGCAGGAUCAAGAAUUGACAGUUGAAGAAGUUGGGGAGCUGAGCAAAGAGCUGAAGCUUCUGGUGCAUAAACACUCAGUUAAUGGAUCAGAAAAGGACAAAGUGGCACUACAGAAGCUGUUUGACUGUCUGCAGAACAUGGAGGAAGAUGAAGAAACAGCCAUCACAGAGCUGAUGAUUUCUGAGAGUUCUGGGAAAGAAGAAAGCACCAAACGUGGCAAAGAAGUUCAAAUGGAAGACAAAAGCAGCAGCCACUUUAGCAAAAAGUCUCUGUCUUUCCUCCUCAAGAAGGCGAUUCUCUGUCGAGGCGGGUUCGCUCCUCCUCCUCCCCUUCCCCCUCCUCUCCCUCUCAGGGAAAGGUUUCCAGCAGAGACGAAAUUCGAGAAAUCAAGAAUGGAGAAGAUUCUGAGAGCUAUAUUGCACAAAAAGAUAUACCCACAGGCAUCCAAUCCAAGGGCUGCAACCAAAAAGUAUCUGGAUAACAACUUGUAUUUAUGUGAGAAUACUGAUGAUGAUGAUAGUGAAGAUGAAGCAGUAGUGGGGAAGCAGGCCAGUGAGGGAAGCAGCAAAUGGGUGAAGACAGAUUCUGAUUUCAUUGUUCUGGAGAUCUGAUUUUCCUCUUCUUUCACCACCUUUGGAGAUUUCAAGGAGUUUAGAGUAGGGAGAGCUGGGGAGGAUAUCUGAUCUGAUACAUCCACAAAUUACACAGGAACACUUGUUACAACAACAUCUGAACUCUGAUAUGGUGAUAGUCAAGACCACCUUUUUUGCCAUGGCUGAUUGAUUUAAUUAAUUAAUGCAACAUGUAAACACACAAGUCACCAUUGUUGUUGCCAUGGUUGUACGAGGUUUCCAGAGCCUGGGAUUCAAUAACUGGGUAAAAACAUCAAGAAUUUGGUUCAUCAAUUUUGGGAAAAAGCUGAGGGUGGAAGAUUGGUGGGGGCCGGGUUGAAUUGGGUUUAAUUAAUUUGUGUUGCAUUCAAGUUACAGCACAGUAUUAUUGGUCUGAGAUGGUUCAUGUUUUUGCUGUUGAUAUUAAUUGUAGCAUAUAUGCAUUAUCAUGAAUAAAGAGAUCACAACUGAG